GGACCUGUUCCGGCAUAAGAACUAGGUUUGCAAGACCCCUCUGAAGAUGUCUUACAGAAAGGAGCUGGAAAAAUACCGAGACCUGGAUGAAGACAAGAUCCUUGGAGCUCUGACAGAGGAGGAGCUCAGAAAACUGGAAAAUGAACUGGAAGAAUUGGAUCCUGAUAACGCGCUGCUCCCGGCCGGGCACCGCCAGCGGGACCAGACCCAGAAGCUGCCGACCGGCCCGUUCAGGAGGGAGGAGCUCAUGGCCCACCUGGAGAAGCAGGCGAAGGACAUCGAGGACAGAGAAGACCUGGUCCCUUUCACGGGAGAAAAGAGAGGAAAAGCUUGGAUCCCCAAGGAGACGCCAGCGAAUCCUGUUUUGGAAAGUGUGACCCUGGAGCCAGAACUGGAGGAAGCCCUUGCUCACGCUUCUGAGGCAGAGCUCUGUGACAUUGCUGCCAUCCUGGGCAUGCACACCCUGAUGAGCAACCAGCAGUACUACGAGGCCCUGGGGAGCAGCACCAUAGUGAACAAAGAAGGGCUCAACAGUGUGAUUAAGCCCACGCAGUACAAACCAGUUCCCGAUGAAGAGCCGAACUCAACAGAUGUGGAAGAGACUCUGAGGCAAAUACAAAACAACGACCCCGGCCUUGAGGAAGUCAACCUUAAUAAUAUUGGGAAUAUUCCCAUCGCCACUUUAAAAGCCUGUGCUGAAGCACUGAAGAGUAACACCUAUGUAAAGAAGUUCAGCAUAGUUGGAACAAGGAGCAAUGAUCCAGUUGCUUUGGCUCUGGCAGAGAUGCUCAAGGAGAAUAAAACGUUGCAGAGCCUGAACAUCGAGUCAAACUUCAUUUCUGGGUCGGGGAUCCUGGCCAUUGUCGAGGCCCUCCAGUUUAACACGUCACUCGUAGAGCUCCGAAUCGACAACCAGAGCCAGCCCCUGGGCAACAACGUAGAAAUGGAGAUCGCCAACAUGCUGGAGAAAAACACCUCCCUGCUCAAGUUCGGCUACCACUUCACCCAGCAGGGCCCGCGGCUGCGCGCGUCCAACGCCACCAUGAGCAACAACGACCUGGGUGAGUGGGGACGCGGGUCAGGGCUGCGAUUCGGCGUGCGCGGGUCUGAGCAGGCCUCCUCAAGGGCCCAGUGGUCCCUGCUUUUGGAGGAGGUGCAGCCGGAGCCGCUGGAUGAUGCUGUUUGUACCCGUGGGUGCUGCGUGGAGGAGCCGGGAGCUGCUGCUGUGCUGGCAGAGCAAGCGACGGGCCGCACGGCCGGCGCGUGGCGAACCGGCAGGGCUUCGGAUUCCUGCCAGCUGCUCUCGCCUUACGCUGGGUUACUUGCCCCUCUAACAAGCAGAUGA